GGGUGAGGGGGUGACGUUGGUAUUACUGUGCCGCGGGGUAGUGAAGUUGGACGUUGGCAGCCCUGGAAUUCUCUUUGAGUGAGAGAUGGUAGAGACAAAACCGUUGGCAGCAAUGAAGGGCUGGAGGGCAGCAGUGUGCCGGCCAGUCACAGAAGGACCUAGCUUAUAUAGGAGCUGUGGCGCCCGUUUUACUCCAGAAUAGGCGCGAACUCUACAAUGAUAAGACGCAGACCUUCCGCCUGAGACCCGCGCCGAGUCGAGAGCAAGGAGUCUACUCGAAGCCUGUAGGAAGCCCAGCACAGACUGCCCACGCUACGCCUCGCCAUUGUUGUUGAGUGUGCGGCAAGAAACGCCUUGCACUUCCUGGUGUUGGGCAUUUAUUCAUCACAUGCCAGCUCGACCAGUAAGCGAGCGAGUCUCCUUCCUCCCACGGCGCACCUCAACAACACGCCGCCGGAACCUCCAUGUGGACUUCACUUUAGCGGGAAAAACCUGCCAAAAUGUACAGCGAAUUCGUGGACGAGUACGAGAGCUACCCGCUGGAGGAUGCUGAGAACUACCACUACACGGUGCGAGGGGAGGGGGAUUACGGGGAGCGCGGCCAUUACCCCACCUACUCCAUCCCUGAGGAGGUGAAGAAGUACAUCACCUACUUCAGGGAUGCAAUCAGGGACGGCAACAUCUAUGACAUCCCCUCCCUCUAUGUGGACUUCAACCGGCUGACAGAGGAGUACUACAAGACACAGUCGUGGCCGGAGGUGGAGGACCUUUACGGCAACAAGCUGGUGGAGCAGGACGGCAGGGACGGCUUGCUGGUGGAGCAGGACGGCAGGGACGGCUUGCUGGUGGAACAGGACGGCAGGGACGGCUUGCUGGUGGAACAGGACGGCAGGGACGGCUUGCUGGUGGAACAGGACGGCAGGGACGACUUGCUGGUGGAACAGGACGGCAGGGACGACUUGCUGGUGGAACAGGACGGCAGGGACGACUUGCUGGUGGAACAGGACGGCAGGGACGGCUUGCUGGUGGAACAGGACGGCAGGGACGGCUUGCUGGUGGAACAGGACGGCAGGGACGGCUUGCUGGUGGAACAGGACGGCAGGGACGCCUUGCUGGUGGAACAGGACGGCAGGGACGGCUUGCUGGUGGAACAGGAUGGCAGGGACGGCUUGCUGGUGGAACAGGACGGCAGGGACGACUUGCUGGUGGAACAGGACGGCAGGGACGGCUUGCUGGUGGAACAGGACGGCAGGGACGGCUUGCUGGUGGAGCAGGACGGCAGGGACGGCUUGCUGGUGGAACAGGACGGCAGGGACGGCUUGCUGGUGGAACAGGACGGCAGGGACGGCUUGCUGGUGGAGCAGGACGGCAGGGACGGCUUGCUGGUGGAGCAGGACGGCAGGGACGGCUUGCUGGUGGAACAGGACGGCAGGGACGACUUGCUGGUGGAACAGGACGGCAGGGACGACUUGCUGGUGGAACAGGACGGCAGGGACGACAUCUUCCUCAUCCUGUACCGGGAACUUUACUACAGACAUAUCUACGCCAGGGUGCAGGGCGGCCCCACCAUCCCCCAGCGUUUCGUCAACUACUGCAACCUCUUCGACUACAUUCUCAGUGCUGAGACCCCCGUGCCCCUGGAGCUGCCUAAUCAGUGGCUGUGGGAGAUCAUCGAUGAGUUUAUAUAUCAGUUCCAGUCGUUCUCGCAGUUCCGGUCUAAGCUGGGGAAGAAAAGUGAGCCGGAGAUUGAGCUGCUGAAGGAUUCCCCGAAGAUCUGGAAUGUUCACUCUGUUCUCAAUGUUCUGCACUGCCUGGUGGACAAGAGCAACAUCAACAGGCAGCUUGAGGUGUACACAAGUGGAGGAGACCCAGAUAGCGUGGCAGGGGAGUUUGGCAGACACCCGCUGUACAAGAUGUUGGGCUAUUUUUCUCUCAUUGGGCUGCUGCGUCUUCACUCCCUCCUGGGCGACUAUUACCAGGCUAUCAAGGUAAUGGUUUCUCUAAUCGUUUGCUGCAUCUUCACUCCCUCCUGGACGACUAUUACCAGGCUAUCAAGGUAAUGGUUUCUCUAAUUGUUUGUUUUUUUAUUAUUUUUGCAGACAGAUUGGUUUGGUCUCUCUCUAACUUGGUGUGGUAAGUCUCUAUAAGU